AUGGUAGAUAGCAACAGUUCACCUCAAUCUGACGACGCUAGCGUCGUUGCUAUCAUACAUCCCUCUCUGCGACUUUGCAGCAGCUGCGCAUCCUUUCCGUGGCCAUCGGGACUCAGCACCAAGAGAUUCCUUGUUGAAAGUCUGACCUUUAACGAAACAUUCUCGUCCGUCCAAAAAUCAGCCGAUGAAGGUUGUGUGUUAUGUCGCUUUAUUUGGUUAUUGAUAGUCAACGACUGUGUAGUAACCAAAGAGGUUUUGGAGUCAGAAGAAUUUACGAAGGGAUCAGUUGAGUUACGAAUUACCAUGAUCGAAGGGGUCCUGACACUAGACCCGAUCGUGCUCCAGAAGGGUCGAGUACUCUCUGGCGCUACGGGAAUUAGGUUUGAACCUUUUGAGUGUAGUGAGGUUGAGGUGGCGGGAAAAUUCAAGACACGUUACAUCAAAGACUUCGCCGAGGAAAACAUCCAACACGAAGUAGCUGAUCUCGUUGAGCAUCAGAUUCAGCCUUGGAUAAAGAGCUGUUGCUCAAGGCUCGCAGAUCACGAAGACUGCGGACCGAAAGAUAACACCUCAGGUCUACCAACACGACUAGUUGAUGUUGGCAAGGGGAAUGAUUCCCUGGUCAAACUCGUCGAUGUCAAGAGCUGCAAUUACAUCCAAGACUCUCCCUACCUUAUCCUCAGCUACUGUUGGGGAAGAGGCAACGAAAGUUCCAAAACUACAGAAAAUAAUCUCGCCGCACGGCUUCGUGGUUUUUCUGUGCCGGACCUUCCCAAGACCAUCCGAGAUGCCAUCCUUCUGACAAGAAUGAUGGGGUAUCGAUACCUAUGGGUGGAUGCAAUAUGUAUUAUCCAAGGACCAAGUGGUGAUUUUCAUUCAGAGUCGACCAGAAUGGGAGAUUACUACUCGAAUGCCGAGUGUUGUAUCUCUGCAUCGAUUGCGACUGAUAGCCAACAGGGCUUUUUGACGGAACGCCCGCUUGCAAGAUUUCCUAUAGAGGACAUCGCGAUCAAGAUCGCCAGACGUGAAGAGCCAGGAUACUCCAUAUUCAAAUCGAAUCACAACAAACCAGGUGGGAAGAGACCCCUCCUUAAGUCACCGCUGACGGAACGCGGAUGGUGCUUGCAAGAGGCGGCACUAGCAAAGCGGAUACUUCACUGGACCCUCCGAGGAGUAUUUCUCGAAUGUCAGAGUACGCUUUUCCUCGAGGGUAGAAAGGAUCCGUGGGAAUAUAAGGGCCCACUGAUAGACGUGUCCCAUGACAAAUUCCUUUCACCGAGAGAAGUCAUGGUGAUGCCUAAUAAAGAGAUACUUUUCUCAAGGGGGUGGUAUCAGCUUGUCACUGAUUUCUCAAAGACAAAGCUGACGUAUGAGACGGAUCGUUUGUACGCCAUUCAUGGCCUUGCGUCUAUACUCAUUCGACGUUUGAAUGCUGAAUAUUUUAACGGCCUCUUCCGGAGAAGUAUCGCACAGGGCCUUCUAUGGUAUCAUUGGUCCAGCUCGCAUGAGGCAUGUAGGAGACCAGACAACGCCCAGCUACCAUCAUGGUGCUGGGCAUCGAGUUGUCCCGUUGAAUUCAUGAGGAUCCAUCAGACUCCGGUAUACAUACGGGAUGACCACCCCAAACGGCCUUCACGCUUCCCUACGCAUCCUGGGGCUAUAAGCAUGGUGGAGGGCAAUACCGCUAGACUUUACAUUAGAGCGCCCAUCAUUCAACUAGAGAUUGGGAGGAAUGAUGUUGGGUACAUAAAGACUAGUGGCUCAGGUGAUACGGCGAAGUUCGAAUGUUGGUAUUAUUUGGACUCAAAUCGUCCAGUUAUGCGUGAUAUGUCUCGAGCUGAACACUACGAUGAUGCGGAUUGGGGAGAAGGCUAUAGCGUAUUAUGGAUGCCUGUAGGCCAAUCAGUUAGUAUGCCAUUGUUUGUUAUGGGAUUAUUAGUGCAUGAGGUGCCUAGUGAAGGAGAGGGGGUUUAUUGCCGGUAUGGGCUGUUGCAGUACAAGGGCCAAGGUGACUCUAUACUGGAUGAUCAACGCUUAAACAACGUUAGCGAGAUAACUUUAAUAUAG